ACUACUGUCACUGUAUGAGUUCCCUCAGCCGCAGACACUCUUCUGUUUCUCCCUUUGAACUAUGACUGAGGCAGAGUUACACACGCUGUACAAGGGGGUCUAUAUGCCCUCACUCCUUCACCCUCCACAGAGCCUGAAAUACUACGAGGAGUUUUCUUUCCGCCCGGAUGAUGUCAUCAUUGCAACAUAUCCCAAGUCAGGUACGACUUGGAUGCAGGAGAUUGUCCCUCUGAUCAUGAGCGGUGGAGAUCCAGCUUCUGUUGAGACUCUUCCUAACUGGGACCGUGUUCCCUGGCUGGAGGAACAACAAGCCUGCGUCCUUAACCUCGAUCAGAGGCCGUCCCCACGCAUGUUUUCUACACAUUACCAAUACAACAUGAUGCCACCGUCCUUCUUUGAAGUCAAGCCAAAGGUCAUCUACAUCAUGAGGAACCCCAAAGAUGUCUUUACGUCUUCCUUUCACUAUCAUGGGAUUACAAACUUCCUGGUAAAGCCAGGCCCACAGAGCGAGUUCCUCCACAAGUUCCUGGAUGGAAAAGUUAUGUUUGGCUCAUGGUUUGAUCAUGUGAAGAGCUGGCUGAAUGCUGAGGAUAAAGAGCACAUAAUGUACAUCUCCUAUGAAGAGCUGAUAAUGGACCUGAAGGACUCUGUGGUCAGAAUCUCUCAGUUCUUGGAGAAAUCUCUGGAUGCUGAGGUGAUUGAGAAGAUCGCAGACCGAUGUUUGUUCAAGAACAUGAAGCAGAACAAAAUGUCAAACUACUCUUUAGUUCCUCGUGAAUUCAUGGACCAGACAAAGUCGGAAUUUCUCAGGAAAGGAAUUGCCGGAGACUGGAAAAACCAACUGACAGGGACAGAAGCGGAGUACUUUGAUGCAGUUUACAAAGACAAAAUGAAAGAUGUCAAAUAUAAAUUUGUAUGGGAUUAAAUUAAACGUUAUGUAAGUCAUUCCAACAUACCAUGAUGCACAGAAAACUGUUAAGAUGCUUGUUGUUUACUGUACCAGAAGUCAUGUAUUAUCACAUUCAUGAGUACAGAAUUACCAUAGUAAUUCACAUUCACAACUAAAACCAUGGAAAUGUAAAAUAUUGUUUUGCUUGACCUGAAAACUUUUCCCAGAAGUGGCAUUUUUGUCCCACCAUGAACACAUUAAUCCAGCUGAGCUUGAAAGUUCAUAUUUGAAUCACUUUCUCCAUCACAGUGACAGAAUCUAAUGCUUAAUCACAUUCUUUACUUCUCAACACAGAAAUUCAGAAUAAAGCAGAAUAAAGCAGCCGUCCUCAGAAUGAGCGCCAUAUAGCCUACAGCCGUUUUACUGACUUUAUCUAAUUACUGAUGAGCUAUCUGGAGCAAACUUUUCCUCUGAACCUCCACCUGAUGCUUCAAAACAUAUUUUACUAGUUUACUCUUUCGGGGCUGGAGAAAGAUAUUACGGUACUCAACCAGACUGCUCACAAUCCAGACACUCAGACUGUGGCUCUGUCGCUCAUGUGCGGCUUUGAAUUUGCCCCUCUGUUAAUUGGACCAAGAGACACUAACACAUCAUGUUUACACAUUAAGAUUAACUGGUGUCGCAUUGCUCAUGUGAAUUAACUAUUUCACACCCCGUGAAUAUUCAGCCAUAACAGUGAAG